AUGAGCGCCGACCUCGCGGCGCUUCGUGCGUACGUCACCGCGGACACUGGGUCGCAGAGAAGAGCGUCGACGACGCUUCGGUUGCGCGUCUCGCACAGUAAUCUCAGGGCGAGUUUUUUGGAGAUUCGCUUCGACGCGCACGCGACGAUCGGGAGCGUCAAGGACAAGCUCGUGUCGCACUGCGGAAGCAACCCGUCGUCCAUGACGCUCGUGCUGCGAGACGUCGACGGGACCGUGCUCGCCGUGUUGAACGAUGAGACGAAAAAGUUGGGAUAUUACGGAGCGCAGGACGGCAUGGAGUUGCACGUCGUGGACAGCGAUCCGAGCUCGAUUUCAGCGAAUGGUUGGCUCGAAGACGUGAGUAAGGUUAAAAAGUAUGAGAUUUCGGACGAAGAUUACGACAAAAGAGAGGGAACGUACAGAAAGUGGAUGCGAGAGCAGUUAGAGAGAGACUCGACGUGGACGCUCGAAAAGCACAUGACCGAACUUAGAGGCGGUACUUACGUCGCUCCUGAGGAAGCAAACGACGAGACGGGGGCGGACGAGGCGGCGAACAUGGCGGUCGGUGCGCGGUGCGAGGUGAAUCCGGGGCAAAAACGUGGUGUGGUGCGUUUUGUGGGUAGGUGCGAAGCCUUGCCGAAAGGGUAUUGGGUCGGCAUCCAACUCGAUGAGCCCAUGGGUAUGAAUAACGGCACGGUUAAGGGGGUGAAGCUUUUCGAGUGCGACGAUGGGUACGGUUCGCUACAGCGCCCUAAGAAUGUCUCUUGCGGGGACUAUCCGCCGUUGGAUGACGUCGAUUUUAGUGAGGAUGAAAUUUAA